GGAACGCCUCUUCCCGUUGCAACGCUGCGCUGUACUCCACUACGCAUGCGCAGUCCGCCUCGCUUUUGCAGAUUGUUUUGAUCGUUUUUGAAAGCAUGCUUUGAACGCUACGCUGUGUCCACAUGCAGGGAUACGUUGACUGCCACUGUCACAUCUCCUCCAAGGAUUUUGACAAGGACUUAGAGGAGGUGGUGGAGAGUUCAAAACAGGCUGGAUUGUUAGCCAUAUUAGCCGUAGCCGAACAUGCUGGGGAAUUUGAGAAGAUCAUUGAGUUGUCACAGAGGUUUCCAGGUUUUAUUUUCCCGUGCCUGGGAGUCCACCCGGUUCAGGAAGUUUCCCCGGAGCAGCAGAGGGGCGCGUCUCUCCAGUGUGUGUGUCUCCUGCAGGAUCUAGAUGCCGCUCUGCCUUUAAUAGAGGAAUACAAAGACCAGCUGGUGGCCAUCGGAGAGGUCGGUCUGGACUUCACGCCCCGGUUUGUGAGAGGCGAGACGGAUAAAGACGUCCAGAGGAAAGUUCUGAUCCGUCAGGCUCAGAUCGCCAAAGCGCUGGAUCUGCCUCUAAAUGUUCACUCCCGUUCUGCAGGACGACCCACCAUCCAGCUGCUCAGGGAACAAGGGGUAGAGAAGGCUCUUCUCCAUGCGUUUGAUGGGAAGCCGUCGGUGGCCAUGGAGGGGGUGAAAGCUGGGUAUUUCUUCUCCAUCCCCCCCUCUAUCAUCCGCAGUGAGCAGCAGAAGCUGGUGAAACAGCUGCCGUUAGAAAACAUCUGUCUGGAGACGGAUUCUCCCGCUCUGGGCCCGGAAAAACAG